AUGUGCAUCUAUGUCCUCCUCGUCCCGCUGUGCGGCCAUAGCCCGUCUCUCCUCUUUGGCCCUUCGUGCCAUUCCUUCUUCCACGAGCUCGACAACAUCACCCAGCGCUCGGCGUGGGAGCCGCCGGGCGCAACCGACUUUUGCGACGCGUGCCGUCACGAUGCUUUCCAGUACAGCCUACAGCAACAACAGCAACGACAACGACAGAGCCAAAACCGGCACCAGCACCAGCACCUCCAAUAUUCUAUGGCUACGGACGCCCCAUGGAGUCUAGUAGGGGCAAUGGAUGACGACGGUUUGCGAUGGUGGCCCGGCGGCCGCGACAGCUUCGGCUCUGUACAAGCGGGAGUCAUGUAUGAUCUCGAGCCGGAACGAGUAGGCGUUGGGUGGAGGACCCGAAAUAGUUGA